UUCGAACUGUGUCAUUCGAGACGCGGCUUCUGAAGGGAGCGGACGAGUAUUGUAAGAAUCGUUUUUUGUGAUUAAACAAAAAAUAAAAUCAAAAGUGUUAUGUGCUGUGAUUUGAAAAGUUUUAACCGACGCUUCGUUUCUUGUAAAGAUAACAAGCGACGAAAACGUUAAGUAACUGUGAUGAAAUCGAUCGGCAUGGAAAACUGCUCCGAUCGGCUCAGUCCACCGAGUGAUGUGACCAGCGGCUCGGAAACCUCACUCCCGCCCUUCAACUACGAACCAAGCCAGUUCUACGCGCAACAAGAACUCGAGAAACAGUAUUUCUCGUGUAAGAAGACAAAAGACGAACGCAAAACGAACGCCAUUUACAUAGACGGUAAAGCUUACGAGAGCCAGCAGAGGAACAAGAGGUACAUCAACUUCGAGCUGAAGCUUCCGCCGCACGACGAUUACUUCACGAUCGAAAGCGACCGCCAGAACUAUUACGACGAAUUAAAAAGCUGCAUUCACAACGAGAGCGCGCUCGUGGAGCUAAAGGGACCGACGGGGUUCGAAGACACGGAAGGCAACGAACGCGUUCAGUUUUGCGCCGAGAACGAGAACAAUAACACGAGGAGAUGCCUGAACUUCAAUUCGGAGCAGGUUCAGUGCGUCUGCGAAGCGCUACAGCAGAAAGGGGACAUUGAGAAACUGGCCGCUUUUUUAUGGAGUCUACCGCCCAGUGAAUUGUUGCGGGGAAACGAAACUGUGCUCAGGGCCCGAGCUUUGGUCGCUUACCACAGAGGAGUGUUCCAAGAGCUUUACGCUAUAUUGGAAGCUCACACGUUUUCCCCGAGACACCACACGUCCCUACAGAACUUGUGGUUCAAAGCUCAUUACAAAGAAGCCGAAAAAGUACGCGGGAGGGCUUUGGGAGCCGUUGACAAAUAUAGGUUAAGAAAGAAAUACCCUUUACCCAAGACCAUAUGGGAUGGCGAAGAGACCGUCUAUUGCUUCAAAGAGAAAAGCCGAAACGCUCUGAAGGACUGUUAUUACAGGAAUCGGUACCCGACGCCUGACGAGAAACGAGCCCUCGCUCAGAAGACGGGUCUGACGUUAACGCAAGUAUCAAACUGGUUCAAGAAUCGUAGACAGCGCGACAGGACUCCGCAACAGCCUAACAGACCCGAGAUGCUGGUGCCGGCGCAGUACGCGGGGCCGCAGGGAGGACUUGCCCAAGCUUUACUGCCGAACGCGUACUACCAUCAGCUCCAAGACCCUACGCAUUAUCUUCACGGAACACCGUGACGAAAUUAACGUUCAAAAUAAUACUGAACAACCGAAAAACUUUACUAGGCGUAUAACAAAUUUAAAUUUUGUAUUAUUAAAAAUAAAUAAAAAGUUUUAAAAGGCUUAAAAGUGCAUUUACGCUUUUUACGUUUUGAUAUUAUAGUUCAUUUACUUUCGAAUCGUAAAUAUAGUUUUAAUACCGUGUUACAACUAAUGAAAAUAUAAAAAAAAAACAUUCGCGUUCAUAUGUUUGUUUGUUUGUUUUUUUUUCACUUAAUAUUUUUGAUUGGAACAGUUAAGCCAUAGGCCGUAUAAAUUCGAAUAGGCGCUUUAAAAAAAAAAAGCAAAAGAAAAAUCAGAUACAAGAUCUCUCCUGUGUCAAAAUGAAAUCUAUGUUUCACGUUCGUGAUAAAAUUUAAUAAAUGAGGCCUAUAAAAUCAAAGGCAGCUAAAUCCAAGUCUGUCAAAUAUUCAGAUAAACUACAAAAAUCGGCCCUAAGCACGUCAUUACGGAUCCUCCGAUCCAUUGAAGUACUGCUCCUGCUGGGGCCAGUGUUAGCAACACUCCUGGUUUGAGAAACUGAAAUAACUUUGUUCGGAUAGCUAUGAUAUUCUUUAUUUUAAAACAGAUUUAUAAAGAAUGAGAAUAUUCCUAAUAAUCUGAGUUUUAAAUGAUAAAACUUAGUACAGAGUAAAAAUGAAAAUUUUGAAUUGAAUUUGUUAGAGAUUUAGCUGCAUUUGUUAUAACAUGAAAACACUAAAGCGUGUUCAACUAACUAUACAAGAUAGGGCCAUUGUUAAUCCAUUUUACGACAUUAAGGCGUUUAGCUGCCUUUGAUUUCAUAGGCCUCAAAUCAACUAUUUCUUAUGCGUCAUGUGUGUAACAAUGUCUUAAGUGUUGUUGUAUAUACUCUCAUUAUAAAUUGUUAUAUAGAUAGUGUAUGUAUCUAUAGUAAUGCAUUGCAUUAAAAACAUUAACAUUUAAUUCAAAUGUCUCCCUUAUCUGAGUAUUAUUUUAGUAAAUACUUUAUAGACAAACAUUUAACAUGUUUUAUGUAUGUGUUCAUAUGCUUUAGGCAUUUAAGUGGGUCUUUUAAUUCAAGUUUAUGUUUACUUUAGAUUAAAGCUCUAAAUAUAAGGUAGCUUUUAAUUAUAGUGAUCUGGACGGUAGAGGCAAUGAGAAUCUUAUACCUUUAAACGAGCAAUUCUUGUAUAUAUAUAUAAUCUGAAUCUCGGAAACGGCUCCAACGAUUUUUAUAAAAUUUAGUGUAAAGGGGAUUUCGGGGGCGAUAAAUCGAUCUAGCUACGAUUUAUUUUCAGAAAAUGUUGUUUUAUUCGUGUUUUCAACUUUAUGACACUUCCCGACAUCUAUUGGCGAAUAAUAAUACUAUUUUUCAUAAUUUUGACUAGCUGCUUUAAAGACAAUACGCAACGAGCAACGAGCAAAGCUCGGUCAUCGUCUAGUACUCUUUACGAAUGAAAAGAGUGCUUGUGGAAAAGCGACCUAUUAUUAAAUUCUUUUUUUUUUCAGAUAAUAUAUUAAUCCCUAUUAAUGUUAGUAACAGUGAUUUCUUAAAAAUAUGUUAUAAUAGCAAAAACAAAAGAAAAGAACAACAUACAUACAAUUAAAAUAUGUAGUUUACCAUUACGAGCAUAUUUUGUCAACCUCUUUACAAUGAUUGAGAAAAGGUCCAUCUAAUCUCGAGAAUAUCAUAGGCAUUAUGGGGGCGCCACCGUUGCUAGUGGUGUGGUUUGAAAAUAGCACCAAAAAUAAUUAUAUUAAACUUUUAUUAUCAUGCUUUUUGUGUGUGUGCUGUGUUUUUUAAAAAAGUCGUAAUUGGUUGUUUCGGCUGUGCAUUUUUUUCACUUGUCUCAGAAUCAAAAUGGUUUUCUUUGCCUCUACCCUCCAUAGUAUGUAAAUGUUACACAGAUUAUGUAUGUAAAUCAAAACAUUAUGGAGUAUGGUUCCUAUUAUUUUGUAAAAUUAACUGUAUCUUUCUUUCAGAAAUAUUAGUACCGAUGGCGUGUGUAUUAAAAGUAAAUACAUGUCAGUUUUAUGCGUAAGGAAAUGAAAAGAAUUUUCAAUCAAUAUAGGUUGAACAAAAAUUUAAUCGAUAAGUAGAAAAAUAAUUGUAUCCUCAUUUACACACUGGAAUUUGUUAGUUCGAGUUUAAAUCGUAUUAAAGAUUAGUGUAUAGUUUUUCGAUUACUAGCUGGUGACAAUUAUUAAUUAAGUGAUUAUUAUUGUUGUUAUGCUAGACUUCCUCGUUUAUUUUUUUAAAAUUAUUUAAUCGAUUUCGAAAGGUCUGAAAAUCGAUACCCUAUGACAAAAUCUUUAAGAACGAUUAUUUUCUUUCUUAACUAAUUUCUUCUAGGCUUUUACAAUAAGAAAUAUUUAGUUUAACCCUUUGACUGCUAUGCAGGUCACCGGUGCCCUAAGCGGCGUACUGAAGUAAUUGUGUCGAUUUCUGUUACAAAGCGCUACACUCAACAAACACUUUAAAAUUCUCAAUUUUCUUCUUCCGCUUCGCUUCAGGUGGUCCGUUCGCUGUUUCGCUUCGAGUAGUUCUGAUUACUAACUGACUGCGUGCCAUCUCUGCAACGCUUUUAUAGCCGAUACCACAUCCCUAGAAUUAUCGAUAAUAUUCCACACAUUUCGAGUAUUGUGUUUCCGCUAUCUGACAAUAGAUGGCGUUGUACUUCUCGAGCGUUCCAGGUGCUACUAGAUCCUUCGAUAUUCGGCGAUAGAUGGCGUUACUCUUACCGGCGUAACAAUAUUAACGGGUGAAAGACUAUUCAGUUUAAGCGAUAUUUUUCCAAUUUUACAGGAGAGCCAUUUUAAGUUUAAAAUUAAAAAAAAAAAUCAUAACAAAAAACUUCUUCAGCUAUUUGAAUGGGAUAAACUUGAUUGAAGUUUGAAAUUAAAAACAUCGAAUUAUUGAUGCUAAUCUAUACUAAUAUUAUAAAAAGAAAAGAUUUGUUUUUUUGUUUGUAUUGAAUAGGCUCCGAAACUAUUGAACCGAUUUGAAAAAGUCUUUUACUGUUUGAAAACUACACUGUUCCCGAGUGACAUAGGCUAUAAUCUUUUUUGAAAAAAAUUUGGGAUCCUUACUAAAACUCCAAUAAUGUAACCCAAGGUGUAAAAAAAUUACCUAAAAUAUUCUUUACAUCGCGUGCCCUGCGAAAACUAUUGAUGAUAGAAUAAAAUAAUGUACUACAACUUUGUAGAACACAUUAUUAUUUACAAAAAGAGUUGCAACAGUAUAUGUCUAACUAUUAUAGUUAUGCCGUAAUAAGUGUUCUUUUACUUAAAAAAAUAAAACAACGUCAAAUAUCGUUGAAAUUUUUGUUAAAGACCCGAGCAGAGCCGGAGCGGGCCGCUUGUAUCAAAUAAAACGGAUCCUUAAUUACAAAGAUAAAUGUCACGUAUAAAGCGACAUAGCCUUUCUCUCCUCAUUAUGGUUUUUUUUUUUAAGAAUUAUUUGUGCUAUAAGUGAUGUAAAUAAUGUAAAAAUGUCUAAAAUUACUUCAACCUAUUUUAUGUAUUCUAGUCCCGGAGAUAAAUUUCUUUAAGAAUAUACUGAUUUAGUGUAUUAUUUAUCUUAAAUUCCAAAUUGAAUUAAAAUAAUUAACGUUUUACUGAAACAAAAAUAAAUGGUUUUAGUAGAAAA